CCGCGCCCCCGGCCCCGGGCGGCCCCCGGCCCCGGCGCGCGGCGCGGCGCGGGCGGCAGCAUGGUGGAGAAGCGCUGCCCGCUGCAGAGGGACGGUGUGUACCGCUGGUUCUCGGAGCUGCCGUCGCCGCAGCGCGUGGAGUUCCUGUGCGGCCUGCUGGACCUGUGCAUCCCGCUCGAGCUGCGCUUCCUCGGCUCGUGCCUCGAGGACCUGGCGCGCAAGGACUACCACUCGCUGCGGGACUCGGAGAUCAAAGCCAACAACCCGGCCGACCUGGGCAGCCUCACCAACCUGACGGACGAGGUGGUGCGCAGCAAGCUGCUCGUGUCGCUGGCGCUGCUGGGCUCGGAGCAGCGCGAGGCGGCGGGCGUGCUGUACCGCACGCUCACGCACAUCGACUCCAUCAUCCACAACUACGGGCUGCAGCUCAACGAGGGCCGCACGGGCGAUGAGUUCCUGCUGCUCUUCACCAUGGCCUCCAACCACCCGGCCUUCAGCUUCCACCAGAAGCAGGUGCUGCGCCAGGAGCUCACGCAGAUCCAGAGCAGCCUGAACGGCGGCGGGGGCCACGGCAACAAGGGAGCGCUGCCCACCUGCCCGGCCUGCCACAAGGUGACUCCAAGGCCCGAGCCCCCCGCCAGCAGUGUCAGUAACAGUUUGGAGAAUGCACUGCGCACAUCAGCACAUUCCACGGAGGAGUCGCUGCCCAAGAGGCCUGUAGGAAAACACUCCAAAGUGAGUGUUGAAAAGAUAGACCUGAAGGGAUUAUCACACAAAAAAAACGAAAGAAAUGUUGAAUGUUCCUUUGAGGUCUUGUGGUCUGAUUCUUCAAUAACAUCAGUAACCAAAUCUUCCUCUGAAGUGACUGAAUUUAUUUCAAAGUUAUCCCAGCUAUACCCUGAAGAGAAUUUGGAGAAAUUCAUUCCUUGCUUAGCUGGCCCAGAUUCAUUUUACAUGGAACGAAACCACCUGGAUCUGGAAGCGGACCUGAGGUACUUGGCUGUGCUGCCUCCCCACAUACUGAGAAACGACCAUGUGAAGAAGUUUUUCAGCACUUCACCUCCCACCCAACAGCUUCAAAGUCCAAGUCCUGGCAACCCUGCCCUUUCCAAAGUGGGCACCGUGACGGGCAUGUCUGGAAGGCCCGUGUGUGGAGUGGCCGGCAUCCCAUCGUCUCAGGGCAGUGCCCAGCACCACAUGCAGCACUCGGCCAGUGCAGCUGCCUUGCCCCACUGCUCCCAUGCAGGAGGUGCGGGCUCAGCGCUGGCCUACCGCGCUCAGAUGGACUCCUCGCCUGCCAUCUUGAUGCCUUCUGGUCUGCAGAGCCCUCCCACCCAGGAGCAGAAUGGGAUUUUAGACUGGCUUCGGAAAUUGCGGCUGCACAAGUACUACCCUGUCUUCAAACAGCUCACAAUGGAGAAGUUUCUGAGCCUUACAGAAGAAGAUCUGAAUAAAUUUGAAUCCCUCACCAUGGGAGCAAAGAAAAAACUCAAGACACAGCUGGAGCUGGAGAAGGAGAAGUCGGAGAAACGGUGCCUGAACCCCUCAGGCCCGCCCCCGGCUACCGGCAGCGGGGUGGCCCGUGUGCCCCCAACGAGCCAUGUGCAGCCCGUGCGAGGCAACCACGCUGCAGCGCUGCGGGUGGAAGUGGAGCAGCCCCCUCACCAGACAGCUCGGGAAGGCAGCUCCUCAGAGUGCUCCAGCUCCUCGCCCAGCCCAAUGGGGGUGCCGGCCCGGGAGGAGAGCUCGGACAGCGCCGAGGAGAGUGACAGACGUGUGGAGGUGCACGUAGAGGGCUCCGAGAAGGAGAAGCCCGUGAUGCUUCUCAGUCACUUCCCCUCAAGCUCGGCCAGGCCCACGGCCCAGGUCCUCCCUGUGCAGAACGAGGCAGGCUCCAGCCCCGCGGGCCCGCGCGCCCUGCCCCCACAGCUGCUGCCCGCAGCCUCACACGUGGCGCCCAUCCGGGUGCUCAGUGCCGUGCACAAGUCCGACCGGGGCGGUGCAGACGUGCCGCUCCUCCCGCCCUCUGUGCGUUCACUGCUGUCCCUGGACGACAGGGGAAAAGGCUCCGGGCCCAGGAGCAGCCUCAAGGUGGACAAGAGCUUUGGCAACGCCGUGAUGGAUGUGCUGCCAGUGAGCGCACCGCACCAGCCCCUGCAGGUCCUCCCGGGGCUCGCUGAGGGCAGCCCCGUGUCGCCCGCCGUCUCCUUUGGUCCCCGGGCCAAAGUUGUUCCCGCAUCCGCGCUGGACCGGGUGAUGAAGCCGGCCCAGCCGCCGGCCUUGGUGGAGACCAGCAGUGCCACCUCGGGGUCCCCGAGCACGGUCUUCCACGUGGCCCGGCCACCCAUCAAGCUGCUGGUGUCUUCAUCUGUCCCUGUGGAUUCUGCCAUUUCUGGGCAAACUUCCUGCUCCAGCAGCGUGCACAUGAGCGUGGCCCCUGCCAUAGUCACGCCGCGGACGGCUCUGUAUGCAGCCAGCACCACAGCUGCCUUCUCUGCGAUGGGCGGUGUGCCCGUGGGCCCCCUGCCGGGCAGCUUCUGUGCAAACAGCAACACUGCCGCCUCCAGCGGCCACCCCUCCACGUCCUUCGCCAGCAUGGCCCCUGUGCCCAGCUGCCCGGCUCCCAGCUCCAGCCCCGCGCUCUCCUCGGUCCCCGAAAGCAGCUUCUACAACGGGGGUGGUGGCGGCUCCCCGGGGGCCGCCCCUGCCCCGAGCCACCACCACCACCACCACCACCCGCAGCCUCCUGCCCCGCCGCCCGCACCCCCACCCGGCUGCGUCGUGUGCACCUCGUGCGGCUGCAGCGGGAGCUGCGGCUCGGGCGGCCUGACCGUCAGCUACGCCAACUACUUCCAGCACCCGUUCUCGGGCCCGUCCGUCUUCCCCUUUCCCUUCCUGCCCUUCAGCCCGGUGUGCGGCAGCGGCUACGUGGGCGCCCAGCAGUACGGCGGCGCCUUCCCGCUGGUGCACGCGCCCUACGGCGGCGGCGUGGGCCCCGAGCCUGUGCUGGGCGGCCAGUCGGCCUUCGCUGUGCCGCCCGUGCAGGGCUUCAUGGCGGGCGCGGCUGGCGUGUACCAGGCCCAGGGGCUGGUGGGCAGCGGUUCUGGCCACAAGAAGGGUGGGAAUCUCUCGUGCUACAACUGCGGGGCCACCGGCCACCGCGCUCAGGACUGCAAGCAGCCGUCCAUGGACUUCAACCGGCAAGGUACUUUCAGGUUGAAAUAUGCCCCUCCAGCAGAAAGUCUCGACUCCACAGACUGACGCUUCUCACUGGCAAUGGAACCCAUUAAGCCAUGGAGACAUAAGGACACCUAAACGCAGAACUGAGAAGUCUAGUUGCUGUUGAGCUUAAUAUUUUAAUCCAAAGGUGCUUUACUUUACUAGACUGGAUAGAACGUCUAGCGUAGGAGUGCAUCCAACUCAGUUUUAUUGCCAAAAUCCCAGAUUGGAGCUUGAUGUCAGGACUUGCCUAGUGGGUCCCUGCGCCCGUGGCUGCCACGCGGAGACCUCCCUCCCGUCUCCUCAAGAGCAUCGCGUCACCGGGCCUUCUAGGCGCACAAGUAAUUCCAGGGCAGCUACAUGAGCUCGGAACCGAAGACUGCAGGUUGGAGUUCUCUGAGUGGAGUUCCACCGGUCGGACUUGACAUCCCUGGGUGAGGGAAGAUGUCACCUUCGUUCUGUUUGUUCUGUUCUGUUUUUUGUUCCUAAUGUGGUUAGGCACUAAUCUCUGGGCUUUUUAAGGAUUGCACUACAGAAGAAUGUAAACUGAUGUCAAUCUCUGCAGCUCUGGGGGCAAGCUCCCUGAGAGACCAGGCAGCGCGAGGCUCCCGAGCACCUGCUCUCACAGAGCCGGCACCAGCAGGCCGCGCGGCUCGGCGCACAGCGAUGUGAGCAUCGCCCUCCCUCCUCCAGACACUCGUAGCCGGUUCAGGUUUUUAAUUUCUUCUGCAAAUAAAUCUAAACUACAUUAUUAAAUAGAGAUAGUUACUCACAACAAGGGUCCAAGUCCCAGAGAAUCCCUGCUGUCCGCGCGUUGAGAACGCCUUCCUUCCCAGCUCUCCAGUAGCCUGGGGGGCUGUUCCCUGCCAGACGCCGGAGCUCCUGUGGGGACACUGUGACAGCGUGGCCUUUGCGAGCUGGCUCUGCCUGGAUGCUCCCUGUCCUGAGCAAAAGUCGCAGUUCUUGUAUCCCACACGGACUUGGCACGGGCCACAAGGCGCGCUGCUGAUGGUUCACACUCGAGACGGACAUUCCAACAGUGACACGGCCCUCAGAGUUUGCUCUGAUGAGCGAAAGAUUUGAAAUCCUCUCCAUCAGCUUCUUUUGUAUUAGGCCAUGUUUUAAUAGUUCUGUUGAAAAUUACCUGGAAAACUACAGUAGGAAGUGGCAAGACUCUGAGAGGCCACACGGCCCGCUUCUGUCAUGGUGGGGGGGUCGAGCCCCGGCCGCGCCCUCAGUUUCGGUCCCAUCGCGACAGAAGCCUUUGUCUAGGCCUGAAAUCUAGAGACUUAACAUCUUCAAGGUCAAUGGGAAUUUUCUGCUCAUUUUAAAUGCUAAAGCCUUUAGUAUUAAAAUAUCGAUUGGUAAGUCCUUGCCCAGGGAUUUUCCAGUUGAAUAUUUAUUUAAAAAAGGAAAAUCACAAUAUUCAGAGCAUUCUUAAAAUGGGACAAUCCACCUCAUGCAAAGUUGGUGUAAAUUAAAAGAAUACCCUAGAAUUUGAGGCAGUGUGAUGUGAGGCUUCAAAUCGGGAUGGAACCACAGCAGAGAAAACGAAAGGCUUGUGGAAGAGGCUCAUCCAGCGGGGCUUUAUUUCUAUGCAACUCGGGAUUGACAGGCCUCUGUGCUCUGACCUGCCCUCCUGCGCGCAGUAUUCCGCAUGGUUCCGAAGUGAAGGUGAUCCUACAGCAGCUCUUCCGGGGGUCCCUUGAUCACUCCCGUUACAGAUGCCACAGGAACGGGAGCCGACACAGCUUUGCCUUAAAGAGCACUAGACUGGGACUUGUGUUAUUUUCAAGGAAGACAUAGGGUGUUCGUUGAUGUUUACGAUUUUACUAUUUCUGAAGGCCUUUACGGUGGCCUGGAUAUGUGCUGAGAGCCAAACUUUUCAAUUUUUUGGUUUUUUUAAACAAAGAAAUAUUUUAAAUAAAUCCUAUUUCAACACAGUGGAAUUGUUGAAAACUGUCUCAUAACAAAAGAAAAAAAUCAUACUUAGGUUUUUUGUUGUAGUGGUCAAUAUUGGGAAUGAAGGUGUCUGUUGUUAUAACUGUUUUGGUAAAUACUAGACAUUUGUGUUAAAUGCAAAAUUAAACUUUGAUUUCAAGUA